AUGGCCGUCACAGCUAAUCAGAAACAGCUACACGUCAAGUCUCUGGCCGACUCCAUGGACGACUCCCUCACCUGCCAGUCCGGCCGGGAGGACUCGCAGGAUGUUGGGGGAGAAGGCGAAGAUGAUGAGGACGAGGAGGAGGGAGACGAUGAUGAGGAAGAGGAGGAAGAGGAAGGGGAGGAGGAUGAGGAGGAAGAUGAAGAAGACUACAGACAGUGCGGAUGGCGCAACACAAACACAGCUUCCAGACGAGCGGCCGGCCCGGUGGGAGGAGGCAGGGGAGGAGGAGCCUCCAUGCACGAGGACAGCACCGCCACCUCCUUCAGCGACGUCACUCUGUACAUGGACGAAGGCUGCCUCCCCUCCUCGCCUCUGUCCCGUCCCGCCUCCAGCUCCGACACAGACUACUGGGGAGGAGGAGGCGCAGGGGGGAGGGAGGACAGCAGGGAGACUGAGGGAGGCAGCAAUGCCAGCCGUAGGAGCAGCACUCCCUGCACCGAGUGUCGGGGGGAGUACAGAGGGAGGGCGGGGGGAGGAGGAGGAGGACACCUCCCUGUCCUGACAAUAGAACCACCGAGCGACAGUUCAGUGGACAUGAGCGACAGGUCGGAGCGAGGGUCCAUCGGACGCCUGGUCUACGAACAGGAGCCCUCGGGAGUGGAGCGAGGAGGAGAACGGGGGAUGGGUGGAGGAGGAGGAGAGGACGCUGAGAGUGGAGAGGACGAGCGAGGUGGAGGAGGUGGAGGAAGCAGCGAAGCCGACUCGCCGCAGGGAACCAUCAAACACAAACCCAACGGCCGAUCAGUCGCCAUGGCGCAGGGACAAACCCGCAGCCCCGCCAACGUCCCCCUGCCGAUGCCGUCAGCUCGGACUCUUACCUCACACCCCAUGCAACACCAACACCCUCACCCCCACCCCUCACCCAUUCCUCACCUCCCCACCAUCCUCCACCACCACCCGCAGUACAGCCAGCCCCACGUCAUGUACAUGCACCACGCGCACGGUGGCAGCCCCUACAUGCCGCAUCACUUCGCCCAGCAUCACUACCACCACCUGCACCACCAGCACCAUCAUCUCCCCCAUUCUUACCCAGAGCCCCCCCAGUCCCCGCUGCCCUCCCCGGUUCCACCCCUCACACCCCUGUCGCCGCUGCCCCCGCCGCUCACGCCCUCCCCGCUGUCCUCCACCUCCUCUUCAGCUCUCCAAACCAUGGAGGCGCAGCAGCAGCACCUGGCCCACCACGCCCACCUCCACCACCACCACCUGCUCUGCUCCGACGGCGACAACGAGAGCGUCAACUCCACCACCACCAACUCCAACGAUGACACCACCGUCAACAACUGCAGCUCGGGCUCGUCGUCGCGCGACAGCCUGCGGGAGCCGAUCGCAGGAGCUCCGCUGGGGAAGCAGACCUACCAGAGAGAGAGCCGCCACAGCUGGGACUCCCCCGCCUUCAACAACGAUGUGGUGCAGCGGCGGCAGUACCGCAUCGGACUCAACCUGUUCAACAAGAAACCAGAGAAGGGGAUCCAGUACCUGAUCGAGAAGGGCUUCGUGUCGGACACCCCGGUGGGCAUCGCCAGGUUCAUCCUGGAGAGGAAAGGACUGAGCAGGCAGAUGAUCGGAGAGUUUCUGGGCAGCCGGCAGCAGUUCAACAAGGACGUGCUCGACGGGGCUAAUGGAAGUCUUUGUGAGCAUGACUACCCUCAGGGUAUUCGCCUGACGUCUGCGAACCCAGGAGGAGAGAGGAAGGUGUUGAUCGUCUUCACGGCUCCGAGCCAGCAGGACCGAGCUCGCUUCACCUCCGACCUGCGAGAGAGCAUCGCCGAGGUCCAGGAGAUGGAGAAGUACCGGGUGGAGUCGGAGCUGGAGAAGCAGAAAGGUGUGAUGCGACCUGGCAUCCUGGUGGGAGGCGUGGGGGCGGCAGGGGGCGGAGCCAGCGCUGGCGGAGGUGGCAUGAAGAACGAGGUGGUGAACGGCUCCCUGGGUAGGCCGAGCCUCGACGACACGUACGCCUCGGUGGAUGGACUCAAACGUACGGCGCUCAGCUCCUCGCUCAGGGAUCUCUCUGAGACCGGGAAGCGAGGUCGUAGGAACAGUGUUGGCUCAUUGGACAGUACCAUUGAAGGUUCCAUCAUUAGCAGCCCACGGUCUCACCAGCAGCGCCCCCUGGUGGCUGCUAGUCUGUCCUACAGCCCCAUGAUGGUGCCUUCGUCUCCAGCAGCAUACCGGCCACACCGCCCUACUCAGAGCCCCGGUACAGGGGUGGGGGGUGGGCCGGGGCUCUGUCACAACCAAGGAGGGGUCACUACCUCUCCACUCGCGAGCGGGGUAGGGGCUGGGGCCGGAGGAGGGAUGGUGGGUGGGGGUGGCCAGACUCCAGGAGGCCGGAUGGGGAAUUUCUUCGGCAGCCGAAGAGGCAAGGUUCCUGGUCCCCUGACGAUGAUGUCUCCCCCUCCUCAGGGUCCUCCGAGUCCCCUGAUGAUAUCAUCACCCCCCCACUACCCCGCACCCGCGCCUCCCAUCCCCCUCCCAUCCUCCCCUUCCCCAUGCCCCUCCCCAUUGCCCAACCUCGGUCAGUCAGACUUGGGAGGAAUUGGAGGGGGAGGAGGUAUGGGAGGGGGUCCGUCCAAGCUCCAGGCUUUGCACGCUCAGUACUGCCACGUCAACAGUGGAGGAGGCGGAGUCAGUGGUCACCCACAGCAGCAGACACCACCUCCACCCUACCACCACCAUCACCGCUACCACAUGCAGAAUGUCCCCCAGCACCACGCCCUGACGCACCGCUUUUCCGCACCCCAACGGCAAGGUUGCGUUCCCUCUCAUACCCAGCAGCAUCAGAGGUUGCCACAAGGCUCCGCACAGCACUCACGCUACAACAUGGCAGCCGGCUUCACCACACCUCCGCCGCUGUCCCCGCACUCCCCUGUCACCCCAACUACCCCGCACGGACUCUACCACCCGGGGCGACCGGGUGGAGGCACCAAACUCCCACUGACCAUCUCGCACUCCCAGCCCCACCCCCAUGCACACACACACUCUCACAAUCACGCCGUGCACAUACACUCCCCUCUCAGCCCCUCCCCCUCCGCCAAUGCCUCCACCCACUUCACCUUCUCCACCCCGCCACCACAAACUCCCUCGGCUCGCCUCGUCUGCCAGACACCUGCGCAGCCCUACGCAGCCCAGUAUCCCCCACUGUCGUCCAUCCCGCCUCCCCCUCCGCACUCACCUUUACCUCCACCAUCGACCGCCCCGCUCUCUCCGCACCUCCCAGGAGCAGGGCAGGGUGGCGGCCCCAAGGCGAAGCCCGUCAGCCGGAUCAGCACGGUCGUGUGAGGCGGCAAACGUCUGGGACAGUGAUCCGCAACCCAGCUGAGAGCCACCAGGGGGCGAUAGUGAGACUCAGCACCCGAAGAAAGAGGAAGAGAAGAGGAGGAGGGCAGGUGCAGGUGUAUCAAGACAACCGCCUGAUGAAGAGGAGGGCAACAAGAGUGGGGAAGAGGAAGUUACUCAGCCUGUGUUAUUUUCAUAUCGACUUUCCUCACAGAUAGAACGAACGUCCUGAAGAUGUUUG